GAAACGCGUCAGAGAACACUCCGGUAUUUUAACAAAGCGCGUCUUCCUGUAACGCUUGAGCACCACUGGCCAGUGCGGAUUUCUUUUGCGUUCUACUAUCUCGCGACACAUUCAGCCGCUUUAUCCACAGCCGUGGGCUCGUAAGUGCUAGUGGUUUCUUCAACGCGUGCCAAGGUUCGAGAGGCCCUACAUGGGGCUUUGAUGGUUGAAACGGUGUGUCAUAUUCCUCGAAGAGGACUUAGCGCGGCCGCCAAAAUGGCAUGGGAUUUCUCGACACGUGCCUGUCGAAGAGGCCCGCACGAGGACGCGCGUUCGUAGAUGAUGAGAAACAGGCAUGUUUCCCAAAGAAAAAACAUGACCUCCUCGUCCUCGUCCAGCACGAGUUCCGUAUGCACCAGCGUGGACGAUACACGCCGGUGCAACGGUCACGAGAGGAGCAAAUUCCUCGAUUCGGAGGACGUCGGUACCCUUUGGCUGCUCGACGAUCAUUUCUCUCGUGGGUCGAAGCAGAUUUCUCGAGGAUUUCAGAUAAGCAAGUCACGAUGUCGCGUGCGAGAAUUGGUGCUCAUAAUCGCCGCGACCGCGGCAUUACUGUUCGGGGCGAUUAUCGGCUUUAGUAUCGGCAGCAUUCAGUGCAUCUGCGGCCGCAGCCCGGAUUCACAGAGCGAUGAGCUGCUGGUGCCACCUGACCCGGAGAAUCCGCAACCGCCGUCGUGGAGCGAGUUGCGAACUUUCAGGCAGAGUGCAGUUUGUGCGGAUGGGGCACCGUGCGCUGUUAUUGGCAAGUCGAUCUUGGAGCGGAACGGAUCGGCGGUGGACGCCGCGCUGGCCGCGUUAAUAUGCAACGGACUCGUCAACAUGCAGAGUCUCGGCUUAGGCGGUGGAUUCAUGAUGACGAUCUACGAGAGAUCCACACGCCGAGCCCUCGUGCUAAACGCGAGGGAUCGCGCGCCUUUGUCGGCGAAUUCUACAAUGUACGACGGCAAGCCGGCGAAUGCGUCCUCCUUCGGCGCGCUCGCAGUCGCCGUUCCCGGCGAAUUGGCCGGCUACUGGGAGGCUCAUCAGCGAUUCGGUAAAUUGCCAUGGCCGGACUUGUUCAAGCCGAGCAUCGAGCUCUGCGAGAAGGGCUACACCUUGACGCUGGUGCAGUACGACGGCUUGGGUUACAAUAAGAACAGUAUUUAUAACGAUCCGACUCUGAGAGAAUUGUUUGUCGAUCCCACAACUAACGAAUUCCGUAAAGCAGGAUCCAACAUUAAACCCAAGGCACUCUGCGAGACGCUGCGAAUUCUCGCCGAGAAGAACGCCACGGAAUUCUACAACGGCACGAUCGGCCGACUUCUCGUCGGUGACUUGCGCGAGCAAGGAGGCAUCAUAACGAUGAGGGACCUCAACGAGUACAGGGUCUCGUGGGAUCAACCGAUACGGACGAAUCUCUCGAACGACUUGAGUCUCUUCACCACGGGGCUGCCAGGUAGCGGAGCGGUGCUCUCGUUCAUUCUGAACGUCUUCGACAGCUACGACUUCUCGCCGGCCAGCAUAGCCGACCUGAACGCGACGAUCCUCACGUAUCACAGAAUGAUAGAGACGUUCAAAUACGCGUACGCGUUAAGGGCGAAUCUGGGUGACGGACGUUUCGUCGACAUGACUCAAAUAACAAAAAAUCUCACGUCGGCGAACUUUGCGCGGCAGGUACGUGACAAGAUAAGUGACGAGAGAACCUGGCAAGAUACGCGACACUACGGCUCAUUCGCCAGCGCCGGUUUCGAAGAUCACGGCACCGCGCACGUGUCGGUGCUGGCGCAGAAUGGCGACGCCGUGUCGGUCACCAGCAGUAUUAACUAUUAUUUCGGCAGCGGACUGAUCAGCAGGAGGACCGGCAUACUCCUGAACAACGCUAUGGACGACUUCGGCAUCCCGUCGAAGCUCAAUUACUUCGGCGUGCCGCCCAGCCCCAACAACUACGUCGCCCCCAAGAAGCAGCCGUUGUCCUCGAUGGUGCCGUCCGUGCUCGUUGACCGGCACGGCGACGUCAGGAUGGUCGUGGGUGCCGCCGGCGGCACGAAAAUCACGACGGCGGUGGCCCAAGUGAUUGCGAAAAUCCUGUGGAUGGGACAGACGGUGAAGGAGGCGGUGGACGCGGCGAGGAUACACCACCAGCUGUCCCCGACGAGGCUGGACUACGAGUACGGUGUCCCGAAGCAGGUGAUUGACGGCUUGAAGCGUCUGGGACACGCGACGAAGCGCUACAGGGCGCGUGGCAGCGUGGCCUGCGUGAUCCUGUACGAAAACUCGACGAUCUUCGCGAACGCUGAUUAUCGCAAAGGCGGCGACGUCUACGGGAUCGAUUGAUUCGCCACCGUCGCCGUCGCCGUCGCCGUCGCCGUCGGCGGCGACCGCCGAUCUUCCCGGAGUCAUCGUUGGAUCGCCUCCUUUCUUAACAUGACUUCCCACUAACCGCAGCAGACCUCGAACGUCGUGCGAUUAUUGCGCCGAUGUGCGCAAUGCGUCAUCACGUCGGCAACGAGACAUUCGCUUUGGAAAGGUCGUCACGUCGCGCUCGCUCUUGUUUAAUAAAAUUUUUACAAGUCUCCCGCUCGCACGCUGAUUUACACGCGUUAUCCUUGCGCCGGUCGCAUUCUUCCCGGCGACAAUGUGCCCGCGUUUUCUCGCCACCCUGUCGCCACCCUUCGACGGAAUACCGUCUGGUUUUGUCUGGUAUUUCCUUGUCGCGCGAAACAGCAGCAACGCGUAAAUCGAUAGACAUGUACAUCAUAUAGAGAGAGAGAGAGAGAGAGUGGGGCGGAGAAAGAGGGGAUAUAAAAGAAGGAGCAAGCCACACAAUCGAUGAAUUUCGCUUCUCGGACGUCGUAAGUUGCAAAGUGCGUGUAUUAUCAGCACGUAGAGCGCGACUAUGCGACACUUUAAGAGCGUGAUACACGUAUAGGAACGUCUCUACGGCCUUACCAUGCUUCGAAUAGGUCCGAAGUCGCUCGGUGUCGCGCGAUUUACUUCCUAUUUUGCAGCACUUUCAAUUAUGCAAUUUCACCCCUGGAGCUGCACGAUGCCGCGCGCGGAAGCAGUCACCCCCUGCUACUCCGUGAUACUACCGAGUUCACUUCUCCCGUGCUUCUUUCGCGCGCUGAUCGCGCGCGGCAAAAACGGACGUUAACAAUGCGCGAUGACCAGCGAUGGGGAAGAAUUCAAAGUAGCUCUCUCCCCCCCCGUCUGCUCUUAUAUACAAACAUUCAAACGUGACGACUCACGUCGCCGACGCAUCGAAAUGGAAAGAAUCUUACAUAAACGACACUAGCGACUCUACCUCCGCCGUGCAUGGUAAGCGGAAACCUGUUCCCGAAGUCAAUAGAAUCAAGGCUUCGACUAUUGACGACACAGCCGAGCGGAGUCGACUCGCAAAUAUAAAAGUGUCCUAUCAGAAUCAGAUCUGUUAACGGUACUUCACGGCCGGUAUCCUUUCGCGUCGUCAUCCUUCGAAUUCGCUCGACGCCGAUCUCCCCCGCCUGUCUGCCUAUCGUUGCUCCGCGCGAACGUGCUUUUCAUGAGAGCGGAGACCGGAGAGACGUGCGUGCACUCUUGUCUCUCGUCGUUGACUUUGCGAAAACAGCGAGAGCUCUUCGAGUGUCUAUAAUUAACUGUAACCCCCCUCCCCCUCCGCAGAGCCAUCGCCCGCGUGAACACGUAUGCCGCACACUUAGUCGAGAUAAUACGGCCGUAUCAAUCGCCGACCUUGAAAAUUAAUCGUCCUCGAGAGACCGAUAGAAAGUCACUGUUUUCGUUUAAGCAGCAGUCAACUUGAACGAUAAACAGACGGACGAGGCUCGCAGUCGCGGACACUUUGUUUCCGCAGCUGAGCGACGCGACUGCGUGCGCCCCGCGAAUUAUCGCGGUCGCUGCGAGUUAUGCAAGAAUAUGGAUGAGAUAUUUCAGAACUGUUUAUAUUAUUAUUAUAAGAUAUUGUGUAUCACCGCUCGUCCAUCCAGCGCGAUAUCAUUGCGCGAUGAAAAAAUCACGCUCAACGCUAAAUAUUUAUUCGCUGAUGACGCUGAUGCGCGCGCGCGCGUGUGUGUAUGUAUGUGUGUGUGUGUGUGUGUGUGUGUGUGUGUCGGCGGUCUGCAUUUUUCCGCGAGUGACGACGUUGACAAGCGACAGCUUUGUAAAAUGCAGGACUUUCUGCAUUUAAUCUGUCUUCGUUGUUGUCGUCGUGUAACUCGCGACACCUCAAGCCGCGUGAGCGUCCCAAUACGUCCCUCUCGUAGCGACUCUCAUCGAUACCUCGCCGAUAAUUACCGCGGGGAAAGGAGCGGGAGCGAGGGGUGUCGUCUAAUUUCAAAGUUUCAUCGAUGUGUGCAGGACAGACAUGUCUAUGUCACGCUCCGAUAGUCUCGUUUUGCCGCGAUAUUCUACGACGUAGAAACGAGCUCGGCUGAUAUCGCGGCUUUCCCCUCCCUCUCUCUCUCUCUCUCUCUCUCUCUCUCUCUCUCUCUCUCUCUCUCUCCCUCCUUCUCUCUGAUAUCGUGCGCUUACUCGCGCGCACGAUACGACGACCGGUGAAUGUAGCGGCAAAAUAUUCCACGGGAGACGGUUGUGUCUCCUUCGUCGUUGUUUGUUAUCGCGCCUCCGCAAGACGGACUAUAAAUCGCGUCUAAUUUACAAACGAUCGGCGUAUAUAAUCGGACCCGACAGUCGGCUUCGUCGUUAACAUUGAAAAAGUCUUCGUUCGUGUCGGCGAACGU